AUAUUUUUUGUGUGUAUGUGAUGUGGGAUUAUAGUGUGGUUUGCCUAAGAUGUGGCUUGAGCCAAACACACACCUAAGUUGGUCAAUCUCUGGCCUGUUUUCGCUGCUCCUUCAAGCAUGUCUUGUGCAGGCAGCACUGCAGCUCGACACCGGACGUGUGUUCCUCUUUUUUUUUCUUGAGGGGUGUGUGUUGCUCUUGCUUCAGAAAAAGAUCACAUGAAAGUAGCGUAUGACAGCCCGUUUGUGAUGGCUUCCAGGCCUUAGUGGGCCUGUGAGGCCCCUUUAGACGUACCCGCUGAGCCUUCUUCGGCCCAGAGAGUACUGAUUGAAAAACCAUCUCCCCGGGAACUGGGUUUGCUUACGGACCCGGUCUGCGAAUACGCAACGGAGGAGAACUGAUUGUUCGUGAGCUCAUCGCAGGCCUACCGCCUACGUAUAUAUGUAUCCCCGGCCGCUCGGUUUCUUGUGAUUAUCACGGGAUCGCGUCGCCGAACAGGACCUCCGGAAUCCCCCUCAUCGCCCUCCACCGCCACCCCGGCUCCGAUGGCCGGCUCCGACGAUGAUCAGAAAGUCGUGGUGUGCUUACGCUCGCUCGGCAGCGCGCCGAUGCUGAGGCGAAACAAGUUCAAGAUUUCGGGACGAGAGAAAUUCUCGAAGAUUAUCGAAUUUCUUCGCGGACAACUUCAGAAGGAUACGCUGUUUGUCUAUGUCCACAGUGCAUUUUCACUAAACCCAUUUUCACCAAAACCAGACGAGCUGCUAAUCGACUUAUAUAAUGUAAGAUUCUGCAUUCUAUCUACUUAUAAAUACGUUGUUGCAUCUUCAUCCUUAGCACACACUUGCAUAUGAUGUGUCUUUACAUCAUCAAUAGUACCUUAAUAAUUCUCUUGCUUGGGUAAUCAUUUAUUUAUCACCCCGAUUGCCACUCUAGGAUUUGUCGCCCUUUAUGUUAAUGAGCCACAUUUCAGUGAGACAUGGAUUCACUGGGCUGUUAAAUUUGCGAAUAGUAGAUUCUUGCUUAAAUCUCUAGUUGGCAAAAUUAGAUACAAAGUCUUGGAUCUU